AUGGCUCCGAAUAAGAUUGUUAUUCUAUACGGUUCUGAAACUGGUAAUACGGAAGAUUUUGCGAAGAUCCUUUCUUAUAAAUUGCAAAGGUUACAUUACCCGCAUACUCUAUCAACUAUUGGAGACUUCAAUCCAACUGAUAUUAUCCAUGUACGAUAUCUUUUUAUUCUUUGCGCAACUACUGGUCAAGGUGAAUUACCAAGAAAUUGUCAUGAACAUUCAUUCUUAGAUAAGAAGAAUAAGACACUAUGGUCUUUCCUUAAGAGAAAGAAUUUACCUAAGGAAUUUUUAUCUCAUAUUAAUGUUGCAUUUUUUGGUCUUGGUGAUUCAUCUUAUCCUAAAUUUAAUUAUGCUAUUAGAAAAUUACAUACUAGAAUGGUGGAACAAUUAGGUGCCUCUGAAGUUUUUGAUAGAUUGGAGGCUGAUGAACAAGCCAUGGCGGGAAGUAAUAAAGGUACCGGUAGUGGUGUAGAAUCAGUAUAUUUUGAAUAUGAGAAAAGAGUAUUAGAAUACAUACAAAACAAAUUCCCAAAGAGGAAAAUUGAUGGUCAAAUGGUUGAAAGAGUUGGUAUCGAUGAUUCUAUCUACUUACAACCUAAGAGUUAUUUAUGUUUAGAUAAGGAUUCCAAAAUCGAUUCCAAUAUUGACAUGGCAACAAUACCAUUGAAAUUCACAAAUGAUUCUGCAAUUAAAUAUGGUAAAGUCCAAAAAAAUAAAAUGAUAACUGCACCUGAUCAUUUCCAAGAUGUAAGAGAAUUUGUCUUCACAAAUGUCAAUGACCUUAAGGAGGACCACUAUGAGGCUGGUGAUACUGCCUCAAUAUUCCCUUGUAAUUCUGAUAAAGCUGUGCAACAAUUCCUUGACACUCAGGAUCACUGGUUACCAAUUGCUGAUAAACCUUUACGUUUCACUAAUGGAAUCCCCGAUGCUUUAAAAUCCGGUGGUGUCAUUGAACCAUUAACAUUACGUAACAUUUUAAAAUAUCAUUGUGAUAUUACUUGUAUCCCAAGAACAAGUCUCUUUAUGAAAAUUUGGAUGUUUGCCACUGAUUUAUCUAGAAUGGAACGUGGUGAGAGUCAAUUAGAACAACAACGUGACAAAUUGAAAGAAUUUGCAACUGAUAAAGAUAUGCAAGAAUUAUAUGAUUAUUGUAAUAGACCUAGAAGAUCUAUCUUAGAAGUGAUUGAAGAUUUCUUAUCGUUAAGAUUGCCAUGGGAAUAUUGUUUGGAUUACUUACCUUUAAUUAAACCACGUUAUUAUUCUAUAUCUAGUGCACCUAAUGAUCCAAACGUUCAAUUAACAGUAGCUAUAGUGAAAUAUAAGACAAUGUUAAGAAAGAUAAGAACAGGGAUUUGUACCAACUAUAUUGCACAUUUACCCGAAGGUGAAUUGAUUCGUUAUAAUAUCCAUAACAAUCAUUUAAUUCGAGAACAAUAUAAACAAAGUCCCAUGAUCUUAGUGAGUCCCGGUGUUGGUAUAGCGCCAUUAUUAUCGAUCAUUAAAGAAGAACCUCAACAAUGUAACAAUUUACAAUUAUUCUUUGGAUGUAGAUUUAAGGAUAAAGAUUAUAUCUAUGGGGAGACAUUAGAGAAUUGGUCCACUGAAGGUCGUAUUGAAUUACAUCCUGUGUUUUCUAGAGAUCGUGAAAAUUCUCCAGACACUAAAUAUGUUCAAGAUGUUCUUUGGAAACUUGGCCAGUUUGUAACGAAUCUAUUAGUUAAGGAAAAAGCGUUAUUUGUAUUAUGUGGUGCCUCGGGGAAGAUGCCAAUUCAAGUUAGAUUAACGGUGAUUGAAAUGUUAAAAAAAUGGGGUGGAUUCCCUAAUGAUGAAGCUGCUACUGCAUAUUUAAAGGACAUGGAAAGAGAUGAUAGAUAUUUACAAGAGACAUGGUGA